UAAUUUACGCGGUGUAGCUUUUUUAACAAAUUUCUGAGAAAUUUCUGUUACUCUCACUUCGCUCUUCUCUCUGUUCCUAAGUCUUCUCUGUUGAAAGUCUAUUCUGUUUCAAGCACGCCAAAAGCUUGUUUUUCAGUGAUCAUGGUGUUACGUUGCAAAGGAUUCUCACAAGAACCCCAAGAUUGGGUCUUGAAAGGGGUCACUCAAGAAGAGGUUGAAAUGCCCUUAAACUCCAAGAAAAACAAAAACCCUUCUCAGAACAAUGCCCAAAAAAGUGAAGGCCAGAAGGUGAAUGGCAGCAACAGAGCCAAUCAAAUAAUCAGUUUCAUAUUGAUUAUGAAUAGCUCUGUCUAUGUCAAUGAAUUGGAACAAUUUGUUAAACAAAUUGAUGGAGUAGACAAGGUAAAGGGAGAUUGUAACUCUGUGAGACUAGAGGUGACGGGAAAGGUAGAUCCCUUCAAAGUUAAAGAGACGGUUGAGCGUGAAACGAAGAAGAAAGUAAAACUUAUCCUCCCUUUAGCUGAGACAGAAGGUGAUAGAGAUGAGAAUAAGGGCACUGAAGCAAAAUUGAAGAAGCAAACAAAGAGAGUACAUAAGAAUGAUAUAGUCAACAAAAAAACUGAAGAGAGGGUAACAGUUUUGAAGAUCAAAUUGUGCUGUGAUUCUUGCAAUCAGAAACUUUGCAAGAACUUGAAGACCAAAGGAUUAGACAUUGUGGCUAUUAAUGUAGACAAGGAUCUGGUGGAAGUAAAGGGCAAGGUGGACUUGACAGAACUCAGAUCUUAUAUCAAAACUGAGCUCAAUAAGGAUGUAGAGAUAGUGAUUCCCACUGAGGUCAAGGUUCCGGUCAAGAAAGGCAAUGGCACGACCAAAAAGAAAGAGAAUCAUGCCGGCGACAUUGACAAGAAGGACAAAGAUGCUGCUCCUAUCAACAAGAGAAACCAAGGCACUGCAGUCAGUGAGAAACACCAAGAUACUGGCACUGCCAAUGAGAAAAUUGGAAGCAUCGCUGGUAUUAAUGAGAAACACAUAGGCAGUGCUAGUAUCAAUGAACCAGAUAAGGAUAAAAAUGGUGACGUCAAAAAUAGGAAAAACAGAGACAGUAAGGCAGAGAUGGAAUCCAAAACAUCUAAUGCUAUUGGUGGUAAAAGAUACGGGGAUGGAGGUGGCAACAGAGAGGAGAAUGGUAGUUCAAUAAUCAAGUUAAAUCCAGGAAUGUACUAUACAGUUGAUGAUGAUGCGUAUGGUUAUUGGCGCGGGGCUCCUUCUGUGAGAUACUCAAACGAUUCUCUUCAAAUGUUCAGUGAUGAGAAUCCUCAUUCAUGUUCUAUCAUCUGAAUCAGGGAAGAAGCUCUACACUUCACAAGUAAUCUCGAAUUUUUUUUAUUGUGUAUUUUCUUUGCAAGACUUUAUUGAAUAUAUAGGAUACAUAGACUGCAAUUCAAGAAAUUAAAUUUUGUAUCAUCCUGAUACAAGGAAAAGCUGAGGUUUUAACUGUUAA